ACAGCUCCCUUGUACUCCUGCAAACGCGUCUGGAAAAGUUCACCACUUCGCGACAUCGAGUGAGCCUUCAACUCCAGAGUUCAAUCUGGUUUCGUGGGCACGAUGACGAUCAAGAAGCCAUCCCUUGCGCCGUACUUGGCAUUCUUUCAACUCCUCUUCUACGCAAACCCGACCUGGCUUGACAAGCUACUCGUUCUUACCGGAGCCAUCUUUGCUAUUGCAGCUGGUGUUCCUUUCCCGCUUAUUGGUAUCGUUUUUGGUCAACUCGUUGACGAUAUUAACGAUGCAACUUGCAGCAACCGAGAUGGCGCGGGAGCCAACCAGGACAUGUCUUCGAUCAACUCAAAGGUCCUCUUGCUUGUAUACAUCGCUAUUGCAAGCUUUGCUUGUAUCUACAUCCAUCUCGUAUGCUGGAACAUAGCAUCGCAACGGCUAGCACAGCGCAUUCGGGAUCGUUACCUCAGAAACCUUCUGCGACAGGAUCUUGCCUUCUUCGACAACCUCCAGUCAGGAGAAGUUUCGUCCCGCCUUAAUGGCGACAUCUCGGCCAUUGAAGGUGGGACAGGCGAGAAGGUCGGCGUUGCCUUGACGUGCAUAUCAUUUUGUGUAACAGCAUACAUCGUUGGAUUCAUCAAGAAUGCCGAGCUGGCGGGAAUGCUCGUUUCUUUGGUCCCUGCUUUCCUUCUGAUGGCAGUGGUCGGCGGUCACUACGUUGGCAAGUACACAGUCAGCCUUGGAGGAUACUUCGGAUCAGCCAGUGCACUCGCCUCGGAGGCGUUGAGCAAUGUUGGCCUCGUUCACGCCCUCGGUGCUAAUGAGAGGCUCGAGAAAAAAUUCCGUGAUCACCUGGGCAAUGCCCGCCACGCCGGUAUCCGCAAGGCUUUCGCUGCAGCUGUAAUGGCUGGGUUGCUCUACUUCAUCGCUUUUUCGGCCAGUGCACUAGGAUACUGGCAGGGUAGUAAGCGGAUUGCCGACAGCAUUGAUGGCAGGGGUGACGAUACGAUUGGCGAAAUAUACACUGUCACUUUUAUCCUUCUCGACGGUGCUAUUGUUCUCAGCCAGAUCGCUCCCAUGCUUCCGCUCUUUGGCGGUGCAAUUAGCGCUUUCGCUCGCUUGCGCAAGGAUAUCGAGACGCAGCCAACCAUUGACAACACCACGACCUCUGCUGAGAAGCCUACGGCCGUAGACGGCAAGUUAACCUUCCGUAACGUCGAAUUUACAUAUCCUUCCCGCCCGGAUCACCCCGUUUUGAACGGCGUCUCGAUCGACUGCGAGGCUGGCAAGCUUACUGCCAUCGUUGGACUGUCCGGAAGUGGAAAAUCGACGAUAGCCAGUCUGAUUAGCAGAUUCUACGACCCAAACGCCGGUGAUGUCUUCCUUGAUGGUCGCAGCAUCAAGGAUAUCAACGUCAAGUCUUUGAGAGGGUUCAUUAGUCUUGUCCCUCAGGAGCCCUCCCUUCUGGACCGCUCAAUUUUGGAGAACAUUGCGCUGGGCCUUGUCAACUCUCCUGCUCAUUCUCAUUUCGAGACGACACUCCUCAGCAACACGUUGGCCGAUCUCACAAAGGACGUACGCAACGGAGAAGAUCUUACCAAGGCUGCCGAAAAGGCAGGACCCGAAGUCGUUGAGAUCCUCCGACUUGUACAGCACGCGGCAGAUUUGGCUGAUGUUGCUGUCUUUAUCGAUCGUUUGGAAUUCGGCUUUGCAACACUCGUUGGUUCAAGCGGAAGCCUUGUUAGUGGUGGCCAGAAGCAAAGAGUCGCUCUUGCUCGUGCUCUGGUCCGCGACCCCAGGAUCCUGAUUCUUGAUGAAGCUACUGCUGCACUUGAUUCAGCCAGUGAGCAGCGUAUCCAGACUGCCAUCGAUCGCGCAUCCCAGGGUCGGACUGUCGUCUCGAUCGCUCAUCGUCUCUCGACCAUUCGAAAUGCCUCCAAGAUUAUCGUAAUGAAGAAAGGCGACAUCAUCGAACAAGGCACACAUGAUGAGCUCUUGGCAUUGGACGGCUCAUACGCGGACAUGAUACGCUUGCAGACCGUCAAGGUAGCCGACGAUGGCGCCUCGAGCUCAAGAACAAGCCUAGAUGAUGACGAGAUCGACCUAGUCAAGAAUGAACAUUCGACAUCAACUAUUGCUGACACUGAUGCACUUCCUGCAAAGCCAGCAGAGAAGCAAGAGUCAAAGAAGGGGGUAAAUGGCGAGAUUGUUGCAAGAUCGAUCUCGAAAACGAUGGGACCAAUGGUCCGCCCAUACCUGUUGCUUCUACUGCUAGCCUUCUUGGGUGCUUUGAUUGUCGGUGGACAAUACUCCGCCACCGGUCUGCUGUUUGGUAAUAUCAUGGGCGUGAUGUCGCCAUGCAAUCCCUCAGACUAUGUCAGGUCACAGGGAGCGUUGCUUGCCGGCAUGUGGUUUAUGGUUGCGUGUGUAGCCUUCCUGGCCAAUUUCACCAGCUGGGCAACAUUCGGACUUAUCUCGGAGCGUCUGAUCUACAAGGUACGCGUGCUUUCCAUGCGCUCGCUUCUGCAGCAACCACUACAGUGGCACGAGUCCGAAGGCAGAAGCCCAAGCCAGCUCCUGGAGUACAUCACAAAGGACGGAAACUCACUGGCCGGUUUCAGUGGCUCCAUCGUUGGGACACUAUUCUCAGUCAUCGUUAACUUCAUCGCCGCUAUCGUCCUCUCUCACAUCGUCGCGUGGAGAAUUGCUGUCGUAUGCUUAGUCAUCGUACCAUUGCUGCUCGGAGCUGGAUACAUGCAACUUCGCGCCAUCGGCAAGUUUGCUGUGAAGCACGCGGGCGCUUUCUCGUCUUCGAUCGGAGUCACGAUUGAAGCUGUUGCGAACAUCAAGACGGUUCAUGCUCUGUCGAUCGAAGAAGAAAUCAUCCAAACCUAUCGGAGGUCCCUGGUUGCUCCACGCAAAGAGAUGGUGAAGCAAAGCUUCAAAACCAACAUUUGGCUGGCAAUUGCCAAUUCUUGUGGAAGUUUCAUCUAUGCUUUCGCGUACUGGUGGGGGUCCAAGAACAUUGUCGAGGGACGUUAUGAUCAGACUGCCUUCUUUAUUAUCCUGAUUUCCAUGCUCCUUUCAGCACAGCUGUGGGGUCAGCUUUUCACUCUUGCUCCGGAGCUUUCCAAAGCCAAGGGUGCCAUCGCACGCAUAUGCGGUGUGGUGGAUCUUGGUAAUGAUCCUUCAGGUACCGCAUCCAGUAGCUCGUCCCUCGAAGUCGAUUCUAUCGACAAGGAGAAGCGCGACAUUGAAGCGCUGGCUGACUCGCCCACCCCUGCCGUCCCAGGUGGAGGUGCUCGCGUGGUCUUCCAAGAUGUUCAGUUCUCCUACCCUGCGAGGCCCGGCGUACCGGUACUGACUUCAUUAUCGCUGUCCAUCCAGCCUGGCCAGUUCUGUGCUCUUGUCGGACCUUCUGGCGCAGGUAAGAGUACUGUGCUUGCACUACUUGAGCGAUUCUACUCGCCCUCCGCAGGCAGCAUCUUCAUCAAUGGUGUUGACAUCUCACGCACCCACGGUGUGUCUUUCCGCGACGACAUUGCAUAUGUACCCCAAAACAACAUUCUUUUCCAAGGCAGCAUUAAGUUUAACAUUGCGUUGGGCGCUAGACCUGGACACGAGCCAUCGGACGCAGAGAUUCAAGAAGCCUGUGAGCUGGCCAAUAUUCACCAAACUAUCAUCGAGCUGCCACAAGGUUACGACACUGAGUGCGGUGCGAACGGCUCUCAACUAUCUGGUGGACAGCGCCAGAGACUGUCUAUCGCUCGUGCGCUUGUGCGUAAACCCAAGUUACUGUUGCUUGACGAAAGUACCAGUGCUCUUGACGCAGAGAGUGAGAAGGCUCUGGAACUUGGUCUUGAACGUGCCGUCAAGGGCCACGGCGUCACUGUCAUUGCCAUUGCUCAUCGACUACGAACAAUUGCCAGAGCUGAUAUCAUUUUCAUGGUGGAGGGGGGUAAAGUGGUAGAUCAAGGUCGACACGAGGAUCUUGUGCAAAGAAGUGAGAGUUACCGCGUUAAUGCUCUCCACCAGAUGUUGGGUUAGCGAUUUGAUCUCGUACCAUUAUUUUCAAUAGUCUUUAAUAAUAUGCUACAGAGCAUUUGUGUUACUAUUCUUUCAGGCAAGCUGAACAGCAUUCGGUAGCAAUUUUUCAUCG